AUGUUUAUUAAUGUCGCAGUCAUUGCACUUUAUUCCCUCUCCGACAAGGACCUUCUGGAGCUGUCAUCUCAUACUGUUGCCUCGUGCACUUAUGAACAAGAUGACAUUCGUGUCAUUAACAUGAAGACCAUUACCGAAGUCAUCGUGAUGGUACCACAUUGUCCUCGUUUACCAUCUGGAGUCCAGGAGAACCGAUACUUCAUGGCUGAGAAACCUGGGCUUGAUAUUGCAACAUUUGGCAUUCCAGGUGAUCCAAGGGACGUAGAGGAUGAAGAAGACGAUAAUCACAAUGAUAAUACCGUGUAA